AACCAACACAGAAGUGGUGGCUGAUGAAGGUGGCAGAGCAGUCUUCCUCACUGUGUCUCGCAGUAAUGGUCUGGAGUCAGCUGUCAGUGUGGAGUGGGAGACGCAGUCCGACACAGCCACUGCCUCUGAGGGUCACCUCCCAGUGAUGGGUGUGUACCAGAGCUUUGAUGAUCACCCCACCUCUUCUUGGUGCUCUCUACCUGGAGGGCCUUCCUUCCUGGCCAUGAGGCUGGACAGGAGGCCUGGUGUUGGAUCCUCCUACAGCCUGGCAACUCUUUACCGGUGGCAGGGAGUUUUUGUGCCAGUAGAGUCUGUUAGGAUCCAGGACCCGGGCUCUUGUGUAGGUUUUGCAGUGAAUGGCUCCACAUACAUAGCCAUUACGCACAGUGGCCCCCCCUUCUCCCCUGCUGCCAACCUCAGCAUCUUCAAACUGCAGAUGGACCUUAAUAUCACACUGGAACAAACUUUAGGAGUUGAAGCUCUGGAUGUGAAACACUUCUCUUCUGAGGGCAGAGAGUAUCUGAUCGCAUCAAGCCAGAUCUUUGUUUGGACUGGAAGCUCCUUCACCCUCUUCCAGACUCUGGACUUCGAGGAGAGCGUCCUCAGUGUGACUCCCUUCACUCGAUCAGCUGUUCCCCACCUGUUAGUGUGCAUAGAAAGACAGACGGCUGCCUGUCUGCUGCUUCCAUGGACCAACGGGAGAUUUCAGGACCCACAGCCUCUCCAGAUCACAGGCAGAGCCAUCCAGGUGGAGACGAUCAACACGCGAGCGGAGGACACUCUCCUGAUGGUGGUUACUGAAG